AUGCAAGACAAAUGGGGAUUCGUCCAUGAAGGUCCGGAGAUCAAAGCCCCAGUGAGUGGCGUGUGUGUGGAGUGCUCCAGAUGUUGCAGGAAAUAUGUCGUUGAGCCUCUGGUUCCCUUUUUCGAGAGACAUUAUCCGGAUAGCAGUGUCUUGAUGGUUCAGUUGGACUUUUGGGAUAAUGAUACCAAUGAAACUCUCGAUUCUGAUGCUGGUGAGGAUAAUAAUAAUGUCAACAUCAUGAAUCUCGGCAGCUUUAACGACUUCAGUGAUGGCGAUGCGGAGUAUGAGGAAGAGGGCGGUCUUGAUCUCAAUAUGGGGGAUACCGAGAUAAAUACUGAUAGCACUGGCGAUUCUGACGGCGGUGAUGAUCUUACUCACGAUGACGAGGAUGGUUUUGAGGACGUCGACGAUAUUGAUGAUUCUGAUUCUGACUCUGAUUUCAAUGAGGAUGAUGAUGCGUUGUGA